GUCACUCGACUUCUGGCGAUAAGAUCGGUCUGUUUCAAGGGGCGGUUUCGCGACGCGCGUGGUCCUUUUAUUAAGGACGACCCCUCCCCGAAAAGUCUACGCGACAAUUCCUUGAACCGGAAGUGCUGCCAGUGGGAUUUGUCCGGAAGUUUUUGACGGUUUGUUGGUGUGGAGUUUGAAGGAGUUGGUGCAGCAGCCACAAAUGGACCAAAUCAAGUGCUUUUCGUCUCGGGUUGUUGGGAUCGAUUUUCCUUGGCGAAACUCCGCGAGUGUCAUGAUUUAUUGUUAGGAAUUGCGAGUUUUUUUUUUUUUUUUGCGCUGUUGUCGGGAAUUGAACCCCCACCCUUUGGAAUGUGGCUGUGCCAUUUGUUGAAGCUUGCUGUUGAUGGUGCUUACUGUGCGUGUGUCUAGUUUAUGUUAGAAUUUAGUGCGAACAAACUGCCUUAAAUGUAUAACCAAAGAAAUUAUAAAUUUAUAAGAAUCUACAAAGUGGAAGGACCACCCUAACCUAAAAGGAAGAAUAUUUGCGAGGGUGGCCAACGCGUGCGUUAUAGUUUUACUGUUUUUGGCUUCUUCGGAAGGAGAAUCCUCCCCCUCCUGCCAGUUCUCAAAGGACGAAAACAAAUCAAAAGGAAUAGCUGUAUCGAAUAAAUUCGAUCAUUGAACCAUUUCGGCGGCGCUCAGUGACGUGAAAAAUUUGCCCUUUCUCGGAAAAACCGCCAAUAACACCAGCUAGUAGGCCAUGAGAAGCGGCACUUGUGUUUAUCUACAUCCAAAAAUACAUGAAAAGCAGUGAAUGAAUCAGCCUCCCCCCUCGACGACGACGACCACCCGGCCUACUACGCGGUUGGCCGACUCCAACCACAACAAAAACAACAACAACAGCACCAACAACAAUAACAAAAUCGAUUGAACAACGUCGAAAAACGUCCGCUAGUAUUGGUGCAAAAAGGAUACGUCAUCGACAAAAGGACUCACAUGUCGUAGCAGCCGCGGGGACAAUCUGGACAGCGUCGGAACCAUGGAGAAGGGCUCGAGGAGCAACGGUGGAUCUCAGCAGGCGCUGAACGGCUCGGGUCGCGAGUUCUGGGGACGACUUCCGGAACCGGGCGGACAGAACGGGGGGACGGCGAGCAAUCACGGUUCGCAGCCGCCGAGUCCGACGUCGAGCCGGAAGGAUCGGAGUUCGCCGAGUCACUCGAGGAAGAGUUCGAGCUCGUCGUCGUCGAAGAUUGCCGGAAGUCGGACGAAGGGCGUUCCGCAGAGCUUUGGGUACGUGAAGAAGACGAACGGGGUCGUGGUGGAGCAACCGCAGCAGGCGCAGAUAAUUAUUGCGACCGGGAGGACGGCCCACGUUUCGGCGGUUCCGAGGACCAGCAAGCUGAAGGUUUCUGGAGGGACGCAGACUACGACGGCGGAUUUUCAAGCCAAAGCACAACAACAACAGCAGCAACAACAACAACAGCAACAACACGCACAAUACCGGAGCUUCUCGCUGACGGGACCGGGAGCGGCCCAGCUGAGCCAGUCGGUCAAAGAAAGGUUUGGUUCCGGAACGCAUAGUUUGCCUAAGCCCGGUCUAGAUAUGCAUGUCUUCCAACAUAGAAUGUCCACCCGCGGAUCGACCAAGCUAAACGACGGCAGCCUCAGCGAUACCCAGACGUACGCCGAGGUCAAGCCCGACUACGGCAGCUACGCCAUGUGGCUGCGGCACUCGAGCACGGCGUCCAGCCGCCUCUCCGAAGGCGACUCCCUCGAGGCCUAUGCCAACGCUGCGGCCGCCGCCGCCACCGGAAGUCCCGGGAUGAGACCCAGCAAGCUGCUGCAUCACACCCGCGGCGAAACCCAACCCGGAACGACGCUGCACCACGGUGGCGCGGCCACGCACAGUCCGCGGCUGAACCGUAGCAAUAGCAUCAGCUAUUUGAAAGAAAGGACCUACCCCAGAUCAACCAAAUCGGAAAAGAUGUACCCGUCGAUGCUGAGCCGGGGGCCGGACGUGGAGAUCGAACCGUACUACUGCCUGCCGGUGGGCACGGUCAGCUCGGCCGGCGCCGGAGGUCACCACCACCACCACAACGGAAUGGUGCCGUGGAGUCAACCCACGUCGCCGACUCCCCCGGCCCGCGGAUUCGCCGGCCUGCUGUCGCCCACGCACACUACCGGCAGCAGCUCGAUCAGUACGGCCUCCCACCGGCUGACCUAUCCAAAGAAGAACGACGAAGUUCAUGGCAGUCAGGCGUCUCUGCUGUCCGGCGGGUCGUCCCUGUACGGGUCGACGGAGGAGCGGCAAGCGACGGAGGUGCGGCGGCUCAAGCUGGAACUGGCGACCGCCCGGGACCAGGUGAUGAGCCUGUCCAGCCAGCUGUCAACUAAUGCCCACGUCGUGGCGGCCUUCGAGCAGAGUUUGUCCAACAUGACGGGACGGCUGCAGUCGCUGACGGCGACCACCGAGAAGAAGGACAGCGAAAUCCUGGACAUGCGGCAGACGAUCGAGCUGCUGCGCAAGCAGUCGAUCCAGGCCGGCCUCACUACCGCCCAUAUGCAGAGUAUGGGCGUGCAAGUGAACGGGCAGGUCAACGGGAACGGCGUAAGUGGUGUCGCGCUAGCGAUGUUUAAAGGGGGGAGCGCUACAAAUGUUUUGCUUUUUCUAAUUUUGCAGAUUCCAACGGAACAGAUGACGGUGACGCAGGUACCUGCGGGCGCGGAGAUGCAACGGCACCAUAGCUCCGAGUCUAUGUGCUCGUUGAACUCGGUCAGCUCGGGCUGUUCGGCGCAGGACAAGAAGAAGAAAAAGGGAUGGCUUCGAAGCUCCUUCACGAAAGCGUUCUCCCGCAACGCGAAGAUCUCCAAAACAAAUCGUCACGUGACGAGUCAGUCGUCGAAUCUAGACGCGAGCGGAGCGGACCGGACCGGGAACGGUCACCGGCACCAUCAUCACCACCAUCACAAUGGAAGCAACAAUGGAGGCGCUGCAGUAAAUGGGGACAAGGUUCCGAAAGUGGCCGCUGCAGGGCAGCUGCCGCCACCGUCGCCUACCAAGAACGGCAGUCCGCACAAGACGGUCACGCUGGUCGAGAAUGCGAAACCAAUCGAUGCGAUCGAUAAGAACGGCAUCCAGAUGGUGGAAGAGCUUAAGAAGCAACUCCGCGAGAAGGACCUGGCCCUGACGGAUACCCGGCUGGAGUGGCUCAGCUCAAAAUCGCAGGUCGAGCUCAUGCAGGACAUGAUGGACAAGAUGCACCAGGAGAUGAUGGCGCUCAAGCAGAACAAUGAAAGACUGGAACGGAUGGCGAGGACGCGGUCCCUCGCUGGGUCGGAGGUUUCCCUGGGGCCGGUCAGCCCAAGUGGGUCCAUGGGCGAACCCCGGCGGUAUAGCCUGGCCACGGACAACGGAAUGUCCCGUCCUCCCCUAGACCUGCCCCAGAAUUUGGACGAGACGGAAGAGGACAACAUCCCGCCGGCACCGGCGCCGGAACCUCCACCAGCUCCCCUCAGUCCGGCAAUUAUCGCCAAACUGUCCCCGACGAUCGAGCGGGCCGCCCUCGUCAACGAGAUUCUGACGACUCCGGCGGAAGACGUGGCCGAUCCGGUGGACGGCAAGAAGAUCGCCAUCGCGGUCUACCUCGGCCAGGCCGAGUCCUUCGUCCGGUACGCCGAAGAAAUGAACGAAUGUGAUAACAGCUACUGCCAAUCCGGCGACGAGCCGUCGGAAAAGUCAGCGACCGAGAACGGCGACAAGAGUCGAAAGUCUUUCUCGGGCGCCUCCCCGCCCGGAGAUGGAAACUCUAGUCCGAACGAGUUCACCAUCGCGUACACGUACAUCUCCGGCAAAACGACCUGGCAGAACCUGGACUACAUCGUCCGGAAGACCUUCAAGGACUACCUGGGCAAGAUCGACCCCGGAACGAACCUCGGGCUCAACACGGACUCCAUCACCUCGUACCACCUCGGAGAAGCGAAGCGAGGCCCCGAGAUGGGCUUCCCGGAACUCCUUCCCUGCGGCUACAUCAUCGGCAACGUCCGCUCCCUCUACAUCUGCCUCCAGGGCGUCGGUAGCCUCGCCUUCGAGAGUCUCAUCUUGCGGAACAUUGUCCACCGGUACAUCUCGCUCCUGACCGAGCACCGCCGGUUAAUUCUGUGCGGUCCCAGCGGCACCGGCAAGUCCUACCUGGCCCGAAAGCUGGCCGAAUUCCUGGUCGCCCGUUCCGGCCGUGACAACCCGGCCGAGGCGAUCGCCACCUUCAACGUUGACCACAAGUCCUCCAAGGAGCUGCAGCAGUACCUCGGACACAUCGCCGAGCAGGCCUCGAUGUCGGAGGGAGCGGUGGAGGAGCUGCCGGCUGUGAUAAUCCUCGACAAUCUGCACCAUGCGUCCGCGCUGGGCGAUGUGUUUUCGUGCCUGCUGAGCGCGACGGCGGCCAAGCUGCCGUGCAUCAUUGGGACGAUGUCGCAGGCGACGUGCAACACGACGAACCUGCAGCUGCACCAUAACUUCCGAUGGGUCCUCACCGCGAACCACAUGGAACCGGUGAAGGGUUUCCUCGGCCGGUACCUGCGUCGAAAACUCUUCACACUGGAACUAUCCUCCGGCACCGUUCAACCCCAGCUCGAGAAGGUCCUGCGGUGGCUCCCGACGGUGUGGCAGCACAUCAACAGCUUCCUCGAGACGCACAACUCGAGCGACGUCACGAUCGGCCCGCGGCUGUUCCUGUCCUGCCCGAUGAACCUGCAGGACUCGCAGGUUUGGUUCACCGACGUCUGGAACUACCACUUGGCGCCUUACCUGAUGGAAGCGGUGCGGGAGGGGGUGCAGCUUUACGGGCGGAGGGGCGGAACCUGGGUCGAUCCGUGCUCGUUCGUGCGGGAGACGUACCCGUGGCCGGUGGGGCCGACGACGGUGCCCCAGCUGAGGCAGAUUACGGCGGACGAUGUGGGGUUGGAGGCGAGCGCGCCGGCCAACUCCGAGAACCAGGAUCCGCUGCUGAACAUGCUGAUGAGGCUACAGGAAGCGGCCAAUUACAACGGGAACCAGGAACCGGACUCGGACUGCGCCAGUUUGGAUUCAAACAUGACGCAUGACAGUUCGGCGGGGGCGGAUUAGGGCGGAAGCGCGCAGUAGGCUACUUUGAUUGGGGUGUGCAAAUUGGGUGGAAUGAAAUUGUUUCGAAAUUUAAUCGAGCUCGAUGUAAAUUCCAAAUUAUUAAUUCAUCCAACAAUUUGGAGAACAGCAAAAAAACAAAAAAAAUGCCCGAUUUAAAGCACCACAAACUCAUUAUCGCGUCCCGCGAAACUGACCAGGUGAGAACGCACGGCGCAAAGCGCCGUUCAAUUAUUAAUUCAUCAUUGCGUUACGCUGCGAAGGUGUCACAAUGUGCACACACGCAAAAAAAAAUGAAACCAGCAAUGAAAUAAAAAUUAAUUUUGAUCCAAUAUCUGUCAAGAAC